AUGAAGAAGAAGCAUCCAAAGUUGAUCCGCUUUGGCAUCCCCCUAUUCGAAUAUCAGGCCCUCGAUGUGAUCGGACCUCUUGAUGUGAUCGCAGGAACAUCCAUAGCAUUGCUUAAGCAGUAUGAUGCCCUUGGUGCUAUCCCUAAAGGUCUUUCAGAACAUGGCCUCGAACUUGAAUUCUACCAUAUCAGCGAGGUCGCCAACAAAACAGUUCCCAAAAACCUGGAGCUCGAAAACCUCGAUGUCGUGGCAACUACGACCACUGCCGAAUGUCCACAAAUUGAUUACCUGCUUCUUGGUGGUCCUAUGCCUGGUUUCAAGUUGUCCGAGGAGAUGAAUGCUUUCAUCAGAGAUCGUGUGGCCAAGAACGAGAUCAAGACUAUCUUUACUACAUGCACGGGAGCCUCGGUGCUCGCCCAGACGGGGCUUCUAGAUGGGAAGCGCGCGACUGUCAACAAUGGGAUGAUCGAAAUGGCACGCCAGAUGUAUCCUGCCGUUAACUGGGUGGACAAGAGUGAGAAAGUCAACUGGGUUAUUGAUGGGAGUAUCUGGACUGCAAACGGCGCCUGCACAGGCAUGGACAUGUUUGCGCAUUGGUUGAUUCAGCAAUGUGGAGAGAAGUUGGCGAAAUUCCAGUUUGAAGCUUUGGGUUACCACCCUCGUGGAGCUGAUGGAAAGUUGCUCGACCUAUAACCGAGGUCACAUGAGAUGUUCGGAAGUUACCUAUCAUCUAUUAUCAGCGAAAGAACUAACUACCUUAGGCGACAAUGUUCUUAUGUAUUUUCUUGGUU